UGAGGUGGGGGACGCUUCGCUGAUAACUCCAGGACAAAAAGUGCGUAUAUUAUGCAGAUAUCGCCAUCGAACAGCUGCGUGGAUGGAGUGAUCGAGCUUCGAACUGUGACGCUACCUGACUCUGGAAGGGGACUGAAUCCAAAAUGAUGCUUCAGUCUGAUGGAAAGUUUCUGCAUCGAGGACAGGAUGACUAACUGUGAGCUGAUUGAGCUGAAGGACCUCAGUGUGAACGAUUCCAUCGAGCUAGCCGCUCCAUCCUCACACAUCGCCUGUGCCCCUGUCAAUCCGAGCCAGCCUGGCGCUGGCCGCGUUGUCCGUCUGGUUGGAGGCAGCGUCAGCAUCGAGGGACCGGUCCGUCACUUGGGAGAGGGGGCAGUGGGCCAUGACUUCCAGCCCUAUAGCUACACACACCUCAGCUGGUGUGACCUGUGUGGAGAAUUCAUCUGGGGUCUCUAUAAGCAGAGCUUACGCUGUGCCAACUGCAGCUACACUUGUCACUACCGCUGCCGACCGUUUAUCCAGCUGGACUGCAGCACACAGGGGAGUGUGUUAACGGAGAACACAGACUACAGUGAGGACUCCAUCGAGACGGACACAAAUGUGGAUGACCAGACUGAACCGGGUAAACAAGAGUUAAGUGUUGGUAAGAUUCAGCAGAAGGUGAAGGAGUACAACGCUCAGAUCAACAACAAUCUCUACAUGGUGGAUAAUAAAGAUGGGACGUACACUGGUUUCAUAAAGGUCCACUUUCAGUUACUCCGCCCCAUCUCCCUCCCACCUUCUCGGAACCAGAGCUGGACAGAGGAGGACGAUCAGCAAGAAAGACUGACAAGGCGGCGGACGUCUUUCUACCUCCCCAAAGACGCAGCAAAGCACCUUCAUGUGAGCUCAGAAACCCGAGUGCGAGAAGUCAUCGAGGCGUUGCUGAACAAGUUCACUGUGGUCGACAAUCCGGCAAAGUUUGCCUUGUUUGAACGUGCUGAAAAGCAAAGUCAAGUGUUCAUGCGCAAGCUGUCUGAUGACGAGCGCCCUCUGUAUUUGCGCUUGUGUGCUGGACCCAGUGAAUCAGUCUUGAGUCUGGUUUUGAAGGAGAAUGAAACAGGAGAUGUAAAUUGGGAUGCCUUCAGCUUUCCUGAGCUGAACAACUUCUUGCGAAUCUUACAGCGCGAGGAAGAAGAGCAUGUACGGCAGAUUGUGAAUCGCUAUGCUCAUGCUAGAGACAUGAUAAGGCACGCAAUGGCCCGCGUAACUACCCCUGGUUGACAAAGAGUCAACCUUGGCGUUCAACAUUAGGAAUAAUCUUUUCAUGCCACGGAAAUGGGAACCUUUACGGGUGACGCAAAAGGGAAGGAGAGAGCUCAGGCAAUGACAAUGUUUCAGAUUAUAGUUUGUUAAUGAAGCAGAAAUACAUGUGUUUACAUUUAAUGUGAGCUACUGAAAGCACCAGACCAUGCUGUCUUUUAUCACAUACUGGCACUUUAAUAAAGCUGUGAUUUGGAGUUGAGUACGUGUAUUUAUAUGCAAAUUAUCUAAUAAACUGAUCACAAUAAACUACA